AUGCCUUUCCAAAAGGAGCUCCACCGCUGCCGAAACUGCCUUGGAUUACCAUUCGGUCACGGCAGGGAUAGCGAAUCGCCUCGCAUGUUCCGACCCAAGCUAUUCGAACCGCAAAGUUCUUCCUCCCGCUUAGAUGACAUCAAGAUUUCACCAAAUGGUAUCGGCGGAGAAAAGAGUUUUUCCUUAAGCUCUCUUUAUCAAAACCGAGAUUCGCUUAUCCCUCCCGGUUUUGACCCAAAGUGCAAGAUUCCAGAUAUGCCACCACCUAUCGAGCCGUCGGACGGUGUACUUCCUAAGAGGUUAUUUAAAAAACAUACGGAAAUACCUAUUCUGGGCUCAUCAAUCGGAGUCGUUACUAGAGACGGUCGUGGUAGAAGCCGAAAAGCUUUUGUGCGGACCCCAAAAGAUCGUCCAACCUCUGACCAACAAGGGAAAAGGCUUCGAUCACCGUUGUAUUAUCCGAACGGUGGCUUUUCGAGUGACUAUGUGCCGUUGGAUAAAAGAAGGCGACACGUCCCUUCGCAAUCCUCAUCUUCGACUUUAUCGUCUUCAUCGUCCUCAUCUUCAUCAUCUUCAUCUUCAUCUUCAUCUUCAUCCUCAUCCGGUUCCCCUUCCCCUUCCCCUUCUCCUUCUUCUCCUUUUUCUUCUCCUUCUCGUUCCCAUUCUCGCUCCCAUUCCUCCUCGUCGUCCUCGUCCUCGUCUUCAUCUUCAUCUUCAUCUUCAUCUUCAUCUUCCUCUUCCGCUUCCUCUCUAGCUCCCGCACCCCGUCCUCCGCGGGGUCCUUCAUCGCCGCCACCGGUAUCGAGCAUAUUCAUUCCUGUCAAACCCCCCAGUGCUAAACCCUCUCCGGCUCGACGAGAGUCUCGAACUCCCUCCCCGCGCCCCGAUAGUGACCCGGUUGGUCGGCCUUCUGGGCCGCGACGGCAACACGUAACUAUAGCGCCGGACUCGCGCAAAGCAGCCACGAAAGAACAGCGACGGCCACAUAUCAUCAUAGAACCUAAGGAGCGGGUGGCCGCCCCAAAAAGCCACCCACACAUAACUAUAACUCCUCGCGACGACAACUCGCAUCCACAUGAGCCACCGCGCUCUCCACCCCGCUCUCCAGCCCGCUCUCCAGCCCGCUCUCCAGCCCACUCUCCAACCCGCUCUCCAGCCCACUCUCCAACCCGCUCUCCAACCCGCUCGCCACCCCGCUCGACGUCGCGUUCGACGUCGAGCUCACCUUCGCGUCCACGGGUAGUUGAAAUUGCACCCAAAAAAAAGGUUCAUUUCAUGGAUGAUGACCCGACCCCAAAGCCUCAACCCUUUCGAACACAUGGCCGACCCAAAUUAGGCGCGAAUAAAACCAUAUGCGCCCCUCUUGGUGAUCCCGUACUUCGGGGGACUUACAAGUAUUGGACGAUUAUCAACAUGACCAAGAGCUACAAAGCUCGCAAGGAAGAGUUCGUCUCCAACCUUGGAGGGGGUGAUAUCUGGGAGAUCAAUGCCGUGAUAUUUGUGGCACAGUCCGCCGUGCUGCUCUGGUCUGCCCUCCAGUCCCGGCGGUCUUUCUUCUCUCCCUACCAGGUACCCGCCCUCGUCACCGAUUUCCUUCUCAAUGUCCUCGCCAUCCUUUUCGCGACUACUCUCUACUCUACCGCGCCGAUUCUCCUAAACAUUCUUCUCGUCACACCCGCCAUAUUCAUCCUCUUGGGACGGAAGCGAAACCAACCACCUCAGAAGGCGAAACCACCACCGCAAGUCGUGUCCGCAUCUCCACAUGGCGCUUCCACGAGCGAGCUUGACCCGUUUCCCGUACGGCCGUUCCUCACCGUAUACCGCGGCGGAAUGAUGGUGGUGACGUGCCUUUCUAUUCUGGCCGUUGAUUUUCGCGUAUUUCCACGGAGAUUUGCAAAGGUUGAGAAUUGGGGGACGUCGCUGAUGGAUCUGGGCGUCGGAUCGUUUGUUUUCUCCGGAGGAGUAGUAUCGGCGCGUUCGAUCCUCAAAUCUCGAGACCGGUCGGCGGGAACGUUGCCGCGACGAUUACUUGCUUCCGUACGCCAUUCGAUUCCUUUGUUUAUUCUAGGCUUCGUUCGACUAUUCAGUGUGAAGGAGCUGGACUAUGCGGAACAUGUUACGGAGUAUGGUGUGCAUUGGAAUUUCUUCUUUACUCUGGCUUUUUUACCGCCGUUUGUGGAGCUGUUCCAUGCGCUCACCACGAUUAUUCCAUCUUACGAAGUCCUCUCCCUUGUUGUCAGCGUUGCAUAUCAAGUUUUGCUGGAGUCAACAACGCUGAAAGAGUAUAUCUUGGUUUCUCCGAGAGGGCCGUCUCUCCUUUCAAAGAACCGUGAAGGAAUAUUUUCUUUCAUCGGAUAUCUGGCCAUCUUUCUCUCCGGCCGAGCGACUGGAUUGCGCAUCAUUCCGCGCGAAACUCAGCCAUCCAAAUCCCCCGAUUCUCAGAAGAAGGGCUUAAUUCGAAUGGCAACUUGGACAUCAAUCUGGACGGUCCUGUUCAUGUUUAAUUCCCAUCAUGUCUUUGGCCUUGGAGCGAGUAUUCCAGUUUCUCGACGGCUUGCAAACAUGCCAUAUGUCCUCUGGGUGAUUGCCUUUAACAAUUUUCAGCUGUUUCUCUUUUGGAUAUUAGAAUCUUUAUUUUUUCCAUUGGUCUACAAGGCCGGCGAUCGCAAAACUGAAGCUGAGCGCAGUGACUUCGCUACUAGCAGAAUCUUGAGAGCGUUCAAUAAGAACGGCCUCACUAUCUUCCUGAUUGCGAACCUUCUCACGGGGGCAGUGAAUCUGGGAGUGAAUACCCUGGAUGCGAGUAAGGAAAUAGCCAUUUGUAUUCUAAUUGGGUAUGCGGCAUUGUUGACGGCCAUAUCGUUGGCCUUGGAUUACUGGAAUGUGAAGUUGAAGAUAUGA